UUUCCCGAAUUUUCCAUCUGUGAACAAAGAGUCAUUUCUUCUCUCCAAUCUCCAAUCUGCCCACGAAAAACACCCGUCUUUUUCUCAUCCCUAAGUUUUCUCUCUCUUUCUCUCUUGUCAAACUCAAAACAACCUCGAUCUUCUCCGAUCAACCCUCGCUACUAUGGCUAAUUCAGCAUCCGGAAUGGCAGUGCAUGAUGAUUGCAAGCUAAAAUUUAUGGAGUUGAAAACGAAGCGAACACACCGCUUCAUCGUUUUCAAGAUCGAGGAGAAGCAGAAGCAGGUUCUUGUGGAGAAGCUCGGUGAACCCGUUCAAACUUACGAGGACUUCACUGCAAAUCUUCCUGCCGACGAGUGCAGAUACGCAGUGUACGAUUUCGACUUUGUCACUGACGAGAAUGUCCCAAAGAGCAGGAUUUUCUUCAUCGCAUGGUCCCCCGACACUGCUAAAGUGAGGAGCAAAAUGAUAUACGCAAGCUCGAAGGACAGGUUCAAGAGAGAAUUAGAUGGCAUUCAGAUAGAGCUGCAAGCAACCGACCCAACUGAGAUGGGUCUCGAUGUCUUCAAAAGCCGUGCCAAUUAAAAACAAAAAAAAAAUGCCUCUAGAGUCGAAGUGAAAGCAUGAUAUAAAAAGCUCCUGCUUUACUCUAAGAGAGAUGUUAAUAGUUUGUGGAACUAUGGUGCCGGCUAAGCUAUAAUAUUUGUCUGUGUUUGAAGUUCUAUGUUCGAAGUUCUAUUGUGUACCCAAUAUCUUUAUCGAGGACAAGCUCUGCAUUUCGAUCCUAUUGGAUGAUUUUUUUUUUUGGUUUUAUUUGUUCGUGUGGAAUUUAUUGUUACGAAUUGUGUCGGCUGGAUGACCAUCAUUGGAUUGUAUUUUCGCGAAUGUGUUCUUGAAUUUUCUUUUUUGCUUCCGGGUUUGAAAUUCUUGUAACUCGUCCCUCGCUUUGUUUAUGCUGGUCUUGAUUGACCUAUUAUCCA